UUGCUCCAAGGAUCCUCUGGAUCCCGUCAACUUCAAAAAUGCUCCCAGGAGCCGGGUCCGGCCGGGUGGGAGGUAGGUGCGGGAGUUCCGUCCCCAAGCCUGCGGCAGUGGCGGGAAAACAGCGAUUCCUGAAAUCCUUGCGGCUGGGGGCACCCUCGAGGGUCGCGGAUGGAGCGAAGACCCCCAGAGCUGCUCUGGCCGCGGUGGCACCGCCGGCUCCCGCUUCCCGGCGAACCGGGGGCGCCCCGGGAGGGCCAGAGCUGUCCCGGAGCCCCCGGGGGCCUCGUCCGAGGCUGGGACGGCGCUGUCCGUGUCCCGGUCCCUCACGGGACCCUCUCGGUCCCCACUGGUUCUCCCUCCCCUCCUGCCGGAGCCGGUGCCAUGGCAACUCGGACGUCACGGAGGCGCGCUUUACGGCAGGACGCGAGGGCUCGGCGCGACACUCGGUGGCGCUUUGCGGCAGUACCGGCGUGCAGAGCCAUGGCGGAGGAGGACCCGGCAGCGGCGGCGUCCGGGAGCGGCAGUGAGAGCGAGGAGGGGGAGGAUGGCGAGCGGCGGCACCGGCAGCUCCUGGAGGCGAUCAGCGCCUUGUCCGGACGGAAGCGGCGGAAGCUGGCGGAGCGCUCGGAGGCGAGCGGGCAAGUGUCCGAGUUCAAUGUCACCUGCAAAGGUGCUGGGGAAAAGCUGGUUCUGUCAGAGCUGCUGCAGCCCAUCCAUCCCAAAUCCACGCUGGGCAGCGUAAGGAAGGAGCUGGCCAGAGUGAAGCAGAAGGCGGUGGUGGAGCUGCCGCUGAGCAAAGAGGAGGCCAGGAGGGUGGUGAGGGAGGCCGCCUACGUCACCACCUCGAAGGACGUGGGGAGGUGGCAGCAGGUGGUGCUGCAGAACCGACGCGCGGAGCAGCUGGUGUUCCCCCUGCGGCAGGACAUCGCCACCGUCACCCCUCUGGAGAGAGUCACCUCGGCGUGGAAGGCCCGAACUCCACUGGAGCAGGAGAUCUUUGGGUUGCUCCACAAGACACAGCAGCCUAUCACAGACCCGCUGCUGACACCAGAGGAGAUGGCCUCACUGCAGGCCAUGAGCUUGGAGGAGGCCUCGCGCCGGCGGGCAGAGCUGCAGAAGGCCCGGGCAGUGCAGUCCUAUUACGAGGCCAAGGCUCGGCGGGCGAAGCGGAUCAAGAGCAAGAAGUACCACCGCGUGCUCAAGAAGAGCCGGAGGCGCCAGGCCCUGAAGGAGUUUGAGCAGCUGCACAAAUCGGACCCUGCGGCCGCCUUGGCACGGCUGGAGGAGCUGGAGCAGCUCAGGAUGCAGGAGCGGAUGAGCCUUAAGCACCAGAACAAAGGAAAAUGGGCACGAUCCAGGGCCAUUAUGGCUAAGUAUGACCUCGAGGCCCGCAAGGCCAUGCAGGAGCAGCUGGCCAGGAACAAGGAGCUGAUGCAGAAGGUACGGGUGGAACCACCCGAGGAGGAGCUGUGUGAGGUGCCCGAGGAGGACACCAUGGCCUUGCCCAUGCUCACCAGGGGCAGUGGGGCUAAUCCCUGGAUGCUAGGUAAGCCCAGUGGCCCGGCCCUAGAGCCUGAGGAACAGGAGGGUCCAAGAGAUGACACAGGGCCUGGUGCUGUGGAGAACCAGGAUGAGAUGGAAGAGGAGAAGGAGCUUUCGGACGAAGAAGCUCUGCUGCAAGACUUCAAGCAGAAGCGACGAGAGCGGACAGGGAGCCCUGAGGAGCACAGCGAGGAGCAUGGUGAAAACCAGCAACCUGUAGGUGCUGAUGAGACUGAGGCCAAUACUGAGCAGCCCAGGAACAGCCCAGUCCUCCCAGCCUGUGCUGAAGAUCUGGGGGACAGCCCAGUCCCCCCAGCCUGUGCUGAAGAUCUGGGAGACAGCCCAGUCCCCCCAGCCUGUGCUGAAGAUCUGGGGGACAGCCCAGUCCCUCCAGCCUGUGCUGAGGAGCUGGGAGACAGCCCAGUCCCCCCAGCCUGUGCUGAGGAGCUGGGAGACAGCCCAGUCCCCCCCACCUGUGCUGAGGAGCUGGUGAGCACAGGACUGGAGCCGCCUCCUCAGGCCCAGGAGCAGCUCCUGCUCUCAGAGCAGCUGCGCCGCGUGCAGACCAUGGAGGAUGUGGAGAGUCUGGCCAAGAAGGAGCUUGUGGAAGAGCAGGAGAAGCUGGUAGCCCCAAGAGCAGGGAAGCGAGCACAGCAGCAGGAGGAAGGCAGAGCUGGGGACAAACAUACCAAGAAAACACCAGCCAAGAGGAAGAUGAUCAGCCUGGAGGCUGUGCUGGAUGGGAAGCCCCAGGAAAUGGACAGCCCCAGUCUGCCUGUGGUCCUGGAGGAGGAGGAGGGUGGCUUUGAGCAGCGUGGGAUGAUCACGGAGGCCUUUGCCGGGGAUGAUGUCGUCGCCGACUUCCGCCGGGAGAAGCGCAAGGCAGAGGAGGCAGCGAAGCCGCAGCCAGUGAGCCUGGUGCUGCCUGGCUGGGGAGAGUGGGGUGGCACGGGGCUGAAACCCAGCGCCAGGAAGAUCAAGAGGUUCAUGAUCAAGCCACCACCGGCGCCUCCACGGAAGGACCAGCACCUGCCCCACGUCAUCAUGAGCGAGAAGCGCAACAUCCACGCGGCAGCACAUCAGGUCAGCGAGCUGCCCUUCCCCUUCGAGCGGCACCAGCAAUUCGAGCAGAGCAUGCAGACACCUGUGGGCCCCACGUGGAACACUCAGCGUGCCUUCCAGAAGCUGACAGCCCCUCGAGUCAUCACCCGCACUGGCCACAUCAUCCAACCCAUCUCAGCUGAGGAUGUCCCUGACACAGCCCCUGACAGCACCACCAGGCUCAGGGGGGAGGCCAUGCCCGGGAGGAAGGCUGUGCCCACGAAGAAGGCUGUGCCCAGGGGCAAGGCUGUGCCCGGGGGGAAGGCCAUGCCCAGGGGGAAGGCCAUGCCUGGGGGAAAGGCUGUGCCCGGGGGGAAGGCCGUGCCCGGGGGGAAGGCUGUGCCCCGGCACAGCAGAGCGCAGUAGCUCUGUGUCUGCAGCCUGAGGGCUCAAACUGGAGCAAGCAGAGGAACCAGGAGCAUCUCCUGGUUCUGUCCAGUUCCUUCUACCUCUUUCUCUGCAAUAAAACCCAGGGCUGCC